GUUCACGCUCGUAUUCGCUUACGUCGGCACUCAGUGCGAGUGCAUUGCGUCCUUUUCGCAUAUUUAUGGUGGGGACUGAACGUGGGCUUCGAAAGAGACUGUCUCGGAGUAAAUAUAGUGACUGUAACGUAAGUGUCAGGGAUAGACGUAUACCCCAUCCUCGGAGUCAAAGAAGAUAUUGAAUUUUGCAAAAUUUUUUUUCGGAAAUAAAAUUUGUAAAAAAGUCGAUUAACACAAUUUUCGUAUAAGGUCACAUUGAUAUUUUACACAGUAACAAUGACUUUGCUCCCGCCUACAGUGGAGCAGCAAAGACUUAUAGACGAAGAACUUCACUCAGACCCGGAAGUGACGAAACGAGAUAUAGCCUCUCUUAGGGAAUGGCUUUCCAAACAGCCUCAUUUACCCCAGCACAUGGAUGAUGAUAGAUUAGAAAAAUUUCUUUUUGGCUGUAAGAACAGUGUGGAAAGAUGCAAACACAUGUUGGAAAGAUAUUUCAGCGCACGAACCGCCUUGCCCGAAUUCUUUGCUGCUCGUGAUCCACUUUCCAACGAUAUACAAGAAUGCUGUGACGCUGUACAAUACUUCCUUUUGCCAUCUUUGACAAAAGAGGGUCACCGUGUGACUAUUUUACGACUGGCGGACUAUGCCUUAGAACGAUUUUCUAUUCAGGCUAUCGCGAGACGCAUUUUAAUGGUGAUGGAUACACGUUUGGUCGAAGAAGUAUGUUUGUCGAACAUUAUGAUCUUCGAUCUGAAGGGAUUCACAGCUGGGCAUUUUGCAAAAUGUAGUCCGACUCAAAGUAUUGUACGACACGCAAUGUUGGCAACACAAGACAGUAUGCCACUUCGAUUGACUAGAGUUCAUUACCUCAACGCGCCUGCGUUUAUUGGAAAUAUUUUAGCAAUAUUUUAUCCACUGCUCAAAGAGAAAUUGAUACAAAAGUUUCGCGUGCACACGGGUGAUGGGGAGGAACUUUAUCCAUAUAUCGAGAAAGAAAUAUUGCCUGAGGAGUGGGGUGGAAAGGCAGGAUCUUUUAAGGAGCUCAAUGACGCAUGGAGAAAUAAAAUUGAAAAGAACCGCGACUGGUAUCUUCGCGAGGAAAAAUUAAGUCGAACGAACGAGAACGCUCGUAUGCCACAUACGAAAUCCAGCAUUGCUGUGGAAAUCAAUGGCAUUCAAGGCACAUUUAGAAAGUUGAACAUCGACUAA